AUGGCUUGCACAGCAGCCGACCAAGACAGGUUUAUUUGUAUAUACCCUGCUUAUUUAAAUAACAAGAAGAUCAUCUCGGAGGGCAGGCAGAUCCCCAAAAGUAAGGCUGUUGAAAAUCCUACAGCUACAGAGAUUCAAGGUGUGCACUCAGCAAUUGGAUUUAAUGCGUUUUGUGAGAAAAACAAAAUGUACUCCAGAGAAUGGAAUUGUAAUGCUCAGUACAGGGGCAGAGUCCGGGUUCAACUCAAAUAGGAAGUUGGCAGCCUCUGUCUUGUACAAGUCCCAUCACAUAAGUCAGUAAUGUUGUAUACAGCGGAAAUGAUUCCUAAACUAAAAACAAGGACACAAAAAGCAGGAGAUAGUGACCAAACUCUUCAGCAAGGAGAAGGAAGUAAAAAAGGGAAAGGAAAG